CCCUAUCAAGCAUUAGUCGUCAUGGACUGGGCCAUGAAAUUUUUACCUUUGAAACAUCGUGAAGCUCAAAGUGAUUUCUUCGGGAAAAAAGGAAUCGGUUGGCAUGUAUCAUCUGUCAUUACUUUGGCAAGAAAUACUGAAAAUACUGAGAACAAGUAUGAUGCAAAUACAUAUAUUCACAUCAUGGAACUUGGUACACAGGGAUGGUUUUCAGUAGCCCAUAUUCUUACAGACUUGUUAAAACAAUUGUCUAGUAUUGAUGUCGGUCUCAAACAGGUUUUCCUGAAAAGUGACAAUGCUGGAUGCUACCACUCUACCGGACUUAUUGCAUAUUUAAAACAUUUAAACACCUUGUCACCAAUUACAGUUAUGGAGUACAACUUCAGUGAACCUCAGGCUGGAAAAGAUAUAUGUGAUGCCAAAACAGCUCACUGCAAGAUGCACAUAAUAAGGUAUUCACAUGAAGGGCAUGAUGUAGUUACCCCAUAUGAUAUGUUGACUGCCAUUUAUUCAAAUGGAGGAAUAAAAGGAGUGAUAGCAUCAGUUGUAUCUGUGGACAUGAGGGAAGAGGUUAAGAUGAAGACAAAAAUUCCAAAUGUUAGUCAAAUGAACAACAUAACCUUUGAGGCAAAUGGUGUCACCUUUAGAAAGGCUUAUAGUAUUGGCAAAGGUUAUUUUAUGUCCAGUGACCAGUUUAAAGAUCAUGAAUUAUUAAAAGGAUUUGAGGUAUGCUAUAUUAAUUUUUCUGCUAUUUUCUCGCUAAAAAGAGGAAGGUCAAACAAUGUUGCUUUAAUUCAUGUAUAUAUAUUCAGAAAUUAUUGCAUGCAAUUAUUAUUGUGAUUAUUGAAGAAUGAACAAAAAUGGAAAUUUAAUUAUUGCUAUUCAAGAAAAGCUAAAUACAGAUAUAUAUGCAUCAGAUAUCAGAAUGCCAGAUCUUAUUAUCUUGCUAUUGAUAUCAAGUCACAGUACUAAUAAAAACCAUGCAAUAAUUUCUGAAUUUACUGUACAUUCCUUACUAAUUCUAUGUGGUAUAUUUAUCAAUGAAAUGAAUUGUAAUACCUUUUAUACCCUGCAGUAGGCAAUGCGGGGAUUAAGUUUUACACUUGACUGUCCAUCCAUCCAUCCAUCUGUUAUUCAUUUUUCCUUUUCUCCCUACCAUUUACUUUAGCUUUUUGUAUCUCAUACACAAUUCUGAGAACCAAAGUUCAAAUUUGGGCGCAGAGUCACUUACCUUCUAGAGUUAUGCCACUUAAUAACUUGGAAAAUUGCAAUUUUUCUUCUUCUCCACACUCCUACUACAAGUUUUUCUCAACCAUAGUUUAUGAAACUUACACACAAUGCUAACAUGGCUAAUAACCACAACAAACAGACAGAGUUCUAAAUUUUGGUAGUGAGCCAUUUACCAUUCAAGAGUUAUGCCUCUUUUUAACUUAGAAAAUUACAAAUUUUCAGUUUCUGCACUCUAACUUAAGUUUUUGUCAUUUAAAUUUUAUUAAACACACAAUGCUGAGAACUACAACAAAUAGACAGAGUUCAAAUUUGGGCAGUUAGUGUAGCAAUGAAAACACUCUAAAUUUAUAUUUGUGUUGUCAAUACAAGGCGAUGCAAACUUUGUCAAUUCGACCUAUGUAUUCAACUGUAAAUUUUGAAAUUAUCAAGAUGUUUUUAUUUUUGUGAAAAAUGCCACUGGAACUGAACAGCAAAUAAAUAAUAAAAUGCUCCUCAGGGCACUGCUUGAUACGAUUGCAUAAAUUUUCAAUUUAAAGCAGACAAUUAAAAAAAGUUCUGUGAAAUUCUAUUCUUCAUUGACGUCAUUGUUAAAACCUUAUGAAAACACAUUGUCAAUAUCAUAAACAAGGAGAUAUAAGGUCAGUACUGUAUAUCAAUGUUAAA